AUUCCUUUACUCUGCAUACAAUCACCCAUCAUCUCAGUUAUCCAAUCGAAACUUUAUCUUCAAGAUGUCCUUUUUCGGCGGUUUAGGUAGCAAACAACGAACAAUAAUCAAACCUCGUAAAAACUUGCAAGAGCACACCAAACAAUAUCAAUUGAAGAAGUAUGCAGAUGCAACUCUUGGUUCUGGAAACUUACGAGCAGCUGUCGUCUUACCUGAAGGAGAAGAUUUAAAUGAAUGGUUAGCUGUCAAUACUCUAGAUUUCUAUAACCAAAUUAAUAUGCUUUAUGGAACAGUUACUGAGUUUUGUACUCCUGCUGAAUGUCCAGUCAUGAGCGCUGGUAGUAGAUACGAAUAUCAUUGGCAUGAUGGUAAAGAAUUCAAGAAAGCUACUAAGGUUUGCGCACCAGAGUAUGUAGAAUACCUAAUGACUUGGGUUCAAGGUUUUCUAGAUGAUGAAAAAGUCUUUCCAUGUAAAAUUGGUCAAGAAUUUCCAAAAACGUUCAAAGCAACUGUUCAAUCAAUCGUUCGAAGACUAUUUCGUGUUUACGCACAUCUUUAUAAUCAUCAUUUUGCUCAAAUUUGUGCUCUAGGUAUUGAAGCUCAUCUGAAUACAUCUUAUCGUCAUUUUUAUUUUUUUAUUGAUGAAUUUGAUUUAGUCAAAAAGGAUGAAUUAGUUCCAUUGGCUGAAUUGAAUGCUAGUAUUCUUGGAGAAGCUACAUCUUAAUAUGUUAUAGUCUUCUAUCAACUGCACCACUCUAUCUUCUCACAGUCUUGGAUCGAAUUAAUUCCAUCGAUUUAGGUGUGAUUUCUCUUAGGACUUUACACGCGAAGGUUCUUCAAGUUGAUAAUUGUAGGAAAGGUGAUCUCAGCUCAAAUGCACGCUAGUUGUCUAUUCACAUAAGGUGGCUUUAUUGUUCUUUCUUAUUCGAUGUCUUAGUAAUUGUAAUAAACGUUUUUUGCGCUUAGUUCUAUUGAUUAUCUUACCUAUUCUUUCAAGGACUUCGUACAAUAAUUUCAUCAUCACCGUCAUGAUCAUGGCAUGUGUCGAACAUUUUGUAAUAACUUGAUGAACUUUUUAUGUCAAUCUUACAUCCUCCAUACAAGUUUGUUACUGAAUCCUUGUUUUAUAAAUCAUGCAUGAGUGAUGAAAGGGACCAUGACUAGAAUGCCAGAAAGUCUAUUUUC